AUGUCCAUUCCAAUUAAAAAAAAGAAUCGUGGUGAUGCGACACCACAACUUAAUACACCACAAUCUGGUUUAGGAUAUUGUGUUGAUUUUGAUAAUAUUUCUACACAAUCUGGAGAAGAUGUUCAAGUUGAAUUCCAAGACACAGCUACAGUUGUUAUUACAGAAACAGUAAAUGAAAAAACAGAAAAAUUUAAAAGAACAUCUAUUCCAAGAACAUCGUUUAGUUCUCGUGGGAGUGUUGAUGAUUUUCAAACAAAAUUUUAUGGAGAAUGUCCAUUUUUUCCAACACCAAUUCCAGAAAGAAUACAACACGUUGUUAUAAGUUCAGGAAAUAUUUUUAUGAUUGGAGAAGAUGGAGUUUAUGCAACAGGUCUUAUUAAUUAUAAAGAAAAAAAAGUAACUGAAAAUCCAAUUGUUAUUAAAGGAAUUCCAGCAGGAAUAAAACAAAUUACUGGAAAUCAUAAAAAAAUGAUAAUUUUAAUUGAUGGAAAAGUUUAUACAACAUCUAAUUUAGAAGAUAUUGUAAUGCUUAAAAGAGUUGGAGAAUUACAAGGUGUUAGUCAAAUUGCAUGUUCUGAAGAACAUUAUGCAGCAUUAACAACUGUAGGAGAUGUAUAUCUUUGGGGAACAAAUACCUAUGGAGAAAUUGGAAAGAAUAGAAUUGUUUCAAUGAAUAGACCUGCACGAGUUGUUGAAUUAGGAAGAAAAAAAAUUAUUAAAGUAGUUUGUAGAGAAGGAUAUACUGCAUGUUUAACAGAAGAAGGAGAUGUUAUUACAUUAGGAGAAAUGAUAUGGCAAAAUAUGGAUAAAGUUGUUGAUAUUGUUGGAUUAAGAGAAAAUUUAUGGGGAUUAAAAAUUGAUGGAAGUAUUAUUAGUAAUGAUGGAAGAAGUGUUAUUGGAAAUAAUAGAAUUGAUAGAAUUACUGAAGGACUUGGAUCAAUUGUUGGAGAAUCAAAUGGGAAAUUAUAUGUUUUAAAAAAUAAUGAAUGGGAAAUGGUUGAUAUUAUUGGAGCAAGAGAUUGGAGUGGAUAUUCUACAUCAUUAUGUGUUCUUGAAAAUGGAAAAAAGAUAGGAUUUACAGAUAUUUUUAAUGAAUUUAAAAAAUAUAUAAAACAAAUGACAAUAAUAAAAAGAAAUUAUAUUGAUAUUUUAUUACCAAAAAUUAGAGAUAUUAAAAUGCAAUUAUCAACAAAAGAUGAUAAAAAAGAUAAAAAAAGAUUAAAAAAACAAAUGAGAACAUUGUCUGUAGAACAAAUACAAUCAAAUGAAAGUACAUCUCAUUUAGUUAAAUUAGAAGAACCAUUAGAAUAUUUAUAUUUAUUAUAUAAUAAAUCUAUAGAAGUAUUUUCUUUUUUAAUGAAAUUAUAUGGUAAUAAUAUUUCAUUUAAAAUUUCAGAUUUAUAUCAAAAAUUUUUUGAAGAUUUAGAAGUUCUUUUUAUUGAUUAUUCAGAGGCAUUUCCUAAAUAUGUUGAAGUUAUUAAUAUUAGUAAAAUGUUAUGUCAGUCCUUUUUAACAGAAAUUGAACAAAUUGAAAAAAAUAAUUUUACAGAAGAUGAAUGUUGUUUAUUAUUUAAUAAACAUUGUGAUUUAUUAAGUGUUGCAAUUAUUCCAUUUAAAUUUCUUUCAAAAUUUUAUGAAUUAUCAUUACAAUAUCGUAAAAUUAAUAAAGAAUUCUCACGUUCAUAUUUUGAAAAAUUUGAAACAUUAUUAUUUAGAUGUAAUGAAAUUUUAAAAUUUGAAGAUAUUCAUUCAAUUGAAUAUGUUUAUUCUACUUCACAACAAGAAUUUGUUGUUUAUCUUUCUACAAUGAAAGAUUUAGUUCUUCAAUUAACUAGACCUAAUAUAAGAGAACCAAAAUAUAGAGAAAUAUUUUUAUUAAUGUACAGGUUAUAUACUUCUCCUGAAUGUGUUAUAAAUUAUUUAAUUCCUCAUAUUAGUAUAGAUGAAACUGGUGAUAGAAAAACUCAAAUUUUAAUUGUUUUAAAACAAUGGAUGCAAAGUUAUCCAAAUGACUUUAGUUUAUUAGGUAAAUCAGAAAAAAAAUUAAUAAAUUAUUUAUCUACUUCUAAAGAACCUUUUAGUAAAAUUCGUAAAGAAAAAUUAAUUGUAUUAGAUUUAUUUAAUCAAAUUAAAGGAAAUUCAAAUAUUACUAUUUACCCUCCUCUUAUUUUUGAUAAUUCUGAUUUAGAUCCUUCUGAUUUUAUGGGAGAUCCUUAUAAAAUAACAAAUUCAAUGACUUAUGUUUAUAAAAAAUUAUUUAUUAGAAUUAAACCAGUAGAAUUAUUAUAUUAUUUAGAUAAAACAAAAAAAGACCAAACAUAUAAUAUUAAAAAUAUGAUUGAUAGUUUUAAUGGUCUUUCUAAAAUGUAUGCUUCAAUGUUUAAUAAAAUAUCUAAAGAUCAAAAAUUAUCUUUACUUCAACAAACUAUAAAAAUACUUGACAUUUUCCUUAAUCGUGAUAGAAAUUAUCAUGCAAUUUGUGGUAUUGUUUUUGCUUUUGUUCGUAUCCCUGAAAUUGAACAAUUAAAAUCACAAUUAAAACCAGAAGAACGAAAACGAUAUGAUUUCUUUGAUAAUUUGUGUUUAUUUGAAAAUAAUUAUAAAAAUUUAAGAGAUACUAUCUCUUCAUCUCAACAACCUUUAUUACCUUUUAUGGGUACCAUUAGUAGAGAUUUGGUUCUUGUUUCUGAAUAUAAUGCUUCAAAAGAAAAAGAAUUAUUUAACUUUAAUAAAUUAAGAAUCAUGCACAAAGUCGUUAUGGAUAUCAUUAACUACCAACCUGGUGAACCACAAAUUCCAACUGAUAUUGAUAACAUUUUCCAUAAGAAAUUCUGUUUAAUGCAUCAAUUAUAA